AUGCCCAGGUCCUUCCUGGUCAAGAAGGUCAAACUUGACACGUUCUCCUCGGCGGACCUCGAGAGCUCCUACGGGCGCGCCCGCGGCGACCUCGGCGCACGGCUGCAGGAGAAAGGAUACCUCAACGACUACGCGGGGCCCACCUCCGUCUACGAUGGCGAUGCCGAGGCGGCCUUGCUCAAAGGGCCGUCCCCGGAACCCAUGUACGCGGCGGCCGUGCGGGGAGAGCUGGGCCCGGCGGCCGCGGGCUCGGCGCCCCCGCCCACACCGCGCCCGGAGCUGGCCACGGCCGCGGGCGGCUACAUCAACGGCGACGCGGCGGUCAGCGAGGGCUACGCGGCCGACGCCUUCUUCAUCACCGACGGGCGCUCGCGCCGCAAGGCCGCCCACGCCGGCGCCGCCGCCCCCUCCACGGCCUCGGCUCUGGCCUCCGACGGUGACGGAGGAGGCGGGGCCGCGGCUGGGUCCCGCGCGACGGGGUCCGGGUCGGGGGGCCGGGGAGGCAGCGCGCGCGCGGGGGCUGGCACCGAGGCGCGCGCGGGGCCGGGGGCCGGCGCCGGCAGCUCAGGGGGCCGGCACGCCUGCGGCGAGUGCGGCAAAACGUACGCCACGUCCUCGAACCUGAGUCGCCACAAGCAGACGCACCGCAGCCUGGACAGCCAGCUGGCGCGGCGCUGCCCGACGUGCGGCAAGGUGUACGUGUCCAUGCCGGCCAUGGCCAUGCACCUGCUCACGCACGACCUGCGCCACAAGUGCGGCGUGUGCGGCAAGGCCUUCUCGCGGCCCUGGCUGCUGCAGGGCCACAUGCGCUCGCACACCGGCGAGAAGCCCUUCGGCUGCGCGCACUGCGGCAAGGCCUUCGCCGACCGCUCCAACCUGCGCGCGCACAUGCAGACGCACUCGGCCUUCAAGCACUUCCAGUGUAAGCGCUGCAAGAAGAGCUUCGCGCUCAAGUCCUAUCUCAACAAGCACUACGAGUCGGCCUGCUUCAAGGGCGGCCCCGGCGGCGGCGGCCCCUCGGCCCCGGCCACGGCCGCGCCGCCGCAGCUCAGCCCCGUGCAGGCUUAG